ACAAGUGUGUCCAUUUGUAACCUACUAUAUGCAUUUGGUUACUGGGGUUACUUACUAUAUUGCUUUGCUUACUGUACUCUUUUAGUGUCAGUGCACAGUGUCCAUUUACAGCCCAUUAUAUUCCUUUGGUUACCAAGGUUACUUACUCUAUGACUUUGGUUACUGCAGUAUUUGGUUACUGCAGUAUUGAAGAAUGAUUUUGUCCUUUUUUCAUGUAGGAGGAAUGAGUUUAUACAACUAUUUUAUGCUUAAUUACAUGGCAUUCUUAUUUUAUGCUUUACUCACGCGGCAUUCUUAUUCAAGAUGUUGUUGCAUAAACAUGCGGAUGAAGUUUUCGAGGAAGUUGAGGUGUUGUUACUGAAAAUUUCAAGAACUGGGUUACAAGUGUGAGUUUUACUGGCAUGAGUUAGAAAUAUACAGUCAACAUCUUUUAAGGGCAACUCUGCCAUAUGUCACAUCCAUGGUUACAACAUCAACAUUACCUUUUGUGUGGGAUGACCCAAGUACCUCAGAAGAAGUUUCACAGCUGGCGAUAGAUCUGGGCAAUGAAGCAGUACGGGGGAAAAUCUUCAGCGAAACCCUCACACCGAAGACCGGCUGUUUAGUAACAGCCAACUUUGACAUGAGUGACAUGCUAAAGUACUUCAGUUGCCUGGUUGUUCUGUAUGUUGAAAAAAGUACAAAAACUAAAGUAGGCCCUGCCCCAGGGAUUACUUGAUUGUACAUUGGAAAAUCUUCCAAACAAUUUCUAAAAAUCAUCAGUAUUACUCAGAUCUUAAACCUUGCUGGGCGCUAUGGUUAUAUGAAGUUGGUGAAUGAGUACGUUCAUGAAACGAUGGUUCCAUAUUACAAACGCCAGUUGUCUAGUGCCACACUACCGAGAGAGCCAAAUGUACAAGCCCCAACAAACAAUGAUGUGCAGUCUGUGAUUUAUGUAGAGAAAAUCACCACAAACACAGCUGCAAUCAUCAAAGGUGGAUCUGUUCUGGCAGUUGAUCAGUCUAUAAUAAGGGAGAUAGAUACCAUCGGCAACUAUGGGGCAGUCCGAAACAAGCCGACAAAGGUUAAUGGAAGGACCAGAAAAAUGGUACAUAUCCCUACCAGGAACCUUCAUCCAGACCUUGUCAGAGAGGUAGAGAAAUGCCUGGGACCCACUGAAACUAUAGCACCUUCAACUCCUACCGCAUCUGCAACAAAAUCUACAAGAACAACUCCUGAAAUCCUGACAACUUCACAUACACCUAGAUCUACCUCUGAACCUCAAGAUUCACCACCUACCACAUCUGCAACAAAAUCUACAAGAACAACUCCUGAAGUCAAGACAACCUCACAUACACCUAGAUCUACCUCUGAACCACAAGAUUCACCACCUACCACAUCUGCAACAACAUCUACACCAACAACUCCUGAAAUCAAGACAACCUCACAUACACCUAGAUCUACAUCUGAAACUCAAGAAUCACCUGUAUCCACUUCACUGACUGAUCAAAGACAUACACCACCAGCUGCAACUCCAUUACAGACAGUCAGCACUCACUCAAAUAAAGCCCCAGUGCAGCUGGUUAAGGGGAAAAGGAAAUUAGACAUGUUAUUGCUGCCCACUGAAGUGUCGGGCGACGAAUUAUGUAAAAAGUACUUUAAGCAAGGGAGAAUUGGCAUGUGGUGGGUUGAGUGCGAGAUUUGUGAACAGUGGUAUCAUGCAACAUGCAGGGAGAUAGGAAGGACACAGUACAUGAAAAUUCAAAGGAACGAAACGACUUGGGAAUGUUGUUGAUACUAUUAGAAAUAGUUCAGUGUUAGGUUCUCUGAUCAUUGCAAAUUUUGCACCAGUUUACUGAAUAUAUUGCUGAUUAAUCUUCUAUAUGAAUAAAAAUUGAAAUAUUUGGUAUACAAAAAAAUGACCUUUUCAAAAUAUCUGAAAGCAAAAUGGGACAACUCUUAUAUUGACAGUGUUUCAAUGAUUUUAGGAAUUCCCCAAUGAUAGUUUAUGAUUCAAACGUUUCCAUAACUUAAUAAAUUCAAUACAAUAUUGUAUAUCUUUCUUCUGCUGUCAACAUUUUGAAAGAGGCUAUACUGAACUUUCUUGAAAAUUCAAAACCCAAGACUAGCCAAGAGUCCAAAAGAAAAUGACAUGCUUUUCAUUAUGCUUUACAUGCUUUACAGACCAUUUCAAAAACUGACCUGAAAGAAAUUUUUAACUAACUCCUUUAAAAUUUUACCAUCAAUAUUUUCACUCAAUUUAGGUGAUAAUUGUAAAUGAGAAGUUGGGAAGGCCCAAAAAAAAACAGUUUAUAUAUAUCUGAAGUUAUAAACCCCACACAAUAACUCGAACAAUAACUAAUUAUGAUUUUUCAUCAUUGAAACAUUUCAAUACCUAAACAUUUUUGUAUAAUAUUACUGACAAUUUUUUGGAGCAUGAGGCCCAUGACAAUUAAACAAUAAUAUAAACAUGCUGUUGUUUGAAUACCAAGUGGGGAGUAAUACCCAUUUACUUUGUUUACCACAAUAAAUAAAACAUCUUAAAGUUAGUUUGCGGUAGUGUUUAGAAAUCAUGAAAUAACAUGCUAAGUUAUUAGUUACGCUAAGUAUUUAUUAAUUUUACAUGGAAAGCAAUGAUUGUGAUAGUUCAAUCCAGAGAAUGUUAAAUUGCUCCCAAAUACAUGAUUACAUGGAAAUUGCAGAAAGCCAAUUACUUAUACCUUAAAAAUGUUGUAAUUACAUUUGAUGACAAUGACUGUGUUUCAUUAUUUACAGUAAGGUACUCCUGAACAGUCAGGGGACAGCUUCAAAAUGAGUAAAACAUAAGAAACACUUUCAGAAUACAGUCUACCUAUUAUUAGGCAUAAAAAAUUGUUUGUUUCCGGUAUCCCGACCUACCUUAAAUUUUUAGGCCCGACCCUAAAUGUUUUUAUGGCAUUGGAGAAUAUUUUUUUCAACUUUUUGACAAGUUGCCAAACUGCACUUUUUAUGCUAUUAAAAUGGUCAGUGAUGUUAGAAAUCAACUUUUUAAUGCUCUAAAGGCAUAACCCCCAUAUAUGUGUUCAUCUUGAUACAAUAAAAAAUGUCUCGGUUCAACUUCAGAAAAAAAAAUUCCCCCAAAAAAUUUUCCAACCUACCUACCCUUGAGCAUUUUACCGGAAACAAAGAAUUUUUUCAGGCCUUAUGUAAAACCACUUUAAUAUUUAUUUGUAAUUUCUCAUUGCUGUAUAUAUGUAUAUAUACCCUUUACAUUUUAAUACAUAUAUUUAAAUUUUUUGUGUAUAUUGAGGUAUAAUCAUUGAGGCCAAUAAACACCUUUGGCUAAAAAGCCAACAAUUUCUUUAAAAGAAAUUUAUACAUUUUUUUACUUAUUUUGAUGCACUGCCUAACUUAAUAGCAGGACAGUACAACUGAACCACUUAAAACAUUGUAUGCACCUUUUUUGACAUGACAGUUUUUGGUUAAGCUUUUGUAGGUGGUAUCUUAGUACCCAUGAAAGGUAAUGGCACUUGUUCACUGUUCCAUAACGAAUUAUGCCUAACAGUUUUUGGUUAAGCUGGUAUCUUAGUACUCGGUAAUGGGAAUGCAUUGAAACUUCAUACACUUGUGAACUGCAAUGAUUUGACAUGCAGUGCACAGGUUUGCAUUUUUACAAAAUUAUGUCCCUUUCUUGACUUAGCAAAUUCUAGUUAAGAUUUUGUAUGUAAGCUGGUAUCUCAGUAACCACUAAUGAAAAUGGAUUGGAAAAUUGACACAGUUAUCCAUUUUCAGGUACAGAUAGGCAUUUACAGGUUCCUCUUUUGCAGCUUUACAAAUUAUCCCCCAUUUUUGAUAUUUGUAUUUGUUUAAUUGAAAAAGCUAUUGAAUAAUCAAGCGUUGCUGUCCUACGACAGCUAUUGUUUUCUAUGUUGUUUGUAAUAUGUACCAUAAUUAUAAAAUUCUAACGUAAUAAACUGAAAUAAAGAUUAUAUCAUUUUGUUUUUGUCACUUAAAAAAUUGUCAGAUAAUACUAUAAUCUGAUUGGUUUUGUGUGCAUGGUUAUUCAGACAUUUUGAACAGAAUGUAGGAGAGGGGGAAAAUACCAAGAUACAUAUAUAAAUGCAUAUACGUUUUUGAAAGGUACAAUGUUUGAAUUGUUACAUACAACCAGAAUACUUAAUGAAACGAAAUGAAGAGAAUAUUUGGUGUCAUAUGUAUUGAAUAUAAUUAAAAAAUGGGUAAAA